AUGUCAGUAGCGUUUCCUAGCAACGUACAAUUUCGUCGAAGUGUUCGAGACGUUUUGAAACCCGAGCAUAAUGAUCAUUAUCUUUUACGGUGGCUAAGAGCUAGACAAUGGGAUCCGGAAGCAGCAGAGAAAAUGCUACGUGAUUCGCUGAUAUGGCGUGAGAAGUGGGGUAUUGAUACUACACUUGAGACGUGGCAGGCUCCAGAACCGCUUCAGAAGUAUUUCCCCAGCGGCACGACGGGCUUUGAUAAAGAGGGAUCACCAAUUAUAAUAGUUCCGUUCAUGGGCUUGGACGUGUGGGGAAUGCUGCACUCCGUCACGAGGACAGAUAUCAUCCGCAUGAUACUGCGCCAUCUUGAAAAUUACCUAGCUAGUGCGAGGAAACAGUCCUUAGAACACGGACCCGCUGCACUCAAGGUAACAGUACUGUUCGACCUUGAAGGCUUCAACAUCCGGCAAUACGCAUGGAAACCGGCCGCGGAGAUGGUGUUCACGCUGCUUCAGAUAUACGAAGCCAAUUAUCCCGAAAUAUUGAAGACUUGCUUCAUUGUUAACGCCCCUAAAGUGUUCUCAUUAGCGUUCUCCGUAGUAAAGAAAUUCAUGCAUGAAUACACGAUAUCCAAGAUCAAAAUAUACGGCACCGACACGAAGAAAUGGCAGCCCCAAGUACUGGAACUGAUCGACAGGGAUCAGCUACCCGCGCACUAUGGUGGCACUUUGGUGGAUGAAAAUGGUGAUCCUAGAUGCAGCCUCAUGGUGAAACAGGGCGGUAAAGUUCCUAAAAGUUACUAUUCAAAGCACGCCCCAACCGAACAAAGCAAGGAGUAUACGCGGGUCACUGUCAAGACUGGAGAAAAACACUUUGUCGAUUUAUUGUGUACGGAAGGCGAAAGUGUUUUAAAGUGGGAAAUUGGUGUUGACAGUCACGAUAUAAAGUUCUUAAUAAAACGUAGAGAUGAAGACGGCAACGAGUCGAUCGUUCACGGUCCCAAGAAAGUCGCGGAGGGUCCCGUGGACGUCGGAAUUUUACCUGUAACGGGACCAGCGACUUAUUCCGUAGUAUUCGACAAUAAAAGCGCGUAUUUACGCAACAAAAAGGUAUUUUAUAACGUUCUGAUCUCCAUACCAGAAAAGGACCUCAAUUUAACGGACGUGCCCGAAGAUGUUCCGGAAGCUACUAAACAACUGGCCACGGCGGAUAACACUGGGUUGUGA